AUGUCGGUUUCGUCGGGCGACGAGUGGGAGCUUAUCUCCAAUGCUCUGAUCAAGGAUCAGGACGAGGCAGCCGAUUUCUUGGCACGUCCACUGGCGCCAGGAGAAGAGAUCUCCAUGGAUCUCCAGGCUAAGAUGACCGAUUUGCAGGACACCAUCUCCCGCCUGGUGAAGCUGGACAUCAAGGGCAAGGAGGAAGACCAAUCUCAUCCAGCGGACAGGGAGAUUCAGUCGGAAGUGACAUCUACACCUAUGGACGUGGACGUGAUGCAUCGCGCUGACCUUGGAGUCUCACCAGCUGAGAGUGGAGGCUACCCCGAAGCAGAACAGGUGCCGCUGGCCCUGAGAGCGGAAGGGUCUGGCACCGCCCCAGCUGGUUUUGUGCGACCAAUGACCCACGCACCAACACACCAGCCUGUUCGCUGGUGUUUAGACCCAGAGAACCAUGCAUUUAGCAAGCUUGUUGCUUUUCCGGAUUCUUUCCCCUGCGUGCCAAAUUAUCUGGUCAACAUGUUGCAAUCUUGCACGGAACCAGAACUGGCUGACUUGUUUUCGAAGUUCAUGCACCUGCCCCUCUCUGAGGCGGUCGUCCGAAGGAUUCUUGAAGCAUACAUACCGAUGAAAAGUCAAUGCCAACAAGAAAUGAUCUGGACGAUGGGCGCACAACGAUCGAAGUCUACAUCUGGCCUGGGCAUGGCAGAUCUCCAAGCGCGACCCUUAGGCCACCAGACCUACACCCAUAUGUGCAGUUCUUGCACGUCCGGAUGGCCAGAGAGGGCCACUUCCUGCUUCAUGUGCCAGAAGGGGACCCGGGUUCCCUUUGUACCACCCACAGCCUCCUUCACGCUGGACGAGGUGGUUUGGACCUUGGUGCCGGUGGAUGGGAAGCCCACAUGGGUUCAGGCGGCCAGUCAGGCGAAGGGUGCCGCUGGCCCCGAUAGCUCGACGAGCCCUGCCCAGAAGCUGGAACGAUCGGUGGAUGCCACCCAACUGGCACAGCCCCCAGGUGCUACCUCCUCCUUGGAUGAGGUAACUAUGGCAGAUGCAGUCCCUAUGGCGCUCCGCAUGAGCAUGCGAGAAGAGGUGCUGGAACAGACGAUUGAUGAAGACGCCAAGGAGGCAGCCAGUCUCUUGCAAGAACAGAAGCAGAACUUGGCGGCCAAGAGAGCCCAGAGUUUCCAGGUUUUUCAUCCAGAGGCGGCGAGGGCUUUGGAUAUUCAGAGCAAAGCGAUGUCCCAUGUGAACCUGGUUCACCAGGAAGAGGCCUUGGAUGAAGAGGCAAAGCGCCAAAAGACGGAGCUGGUCAAGGACGCAGUCAACCUGAACCUGCAAGUUUUGAGCUCCAUACAGGAAGGCCUCCAGGCCGUCCCUGACAGCAGUGUCCUCAGCCGUGGAGUGGAUCUCCUACGUCGCACAAACCUGGAGAAGUUAAAGGAGAAGAUGAAGGACUCCCUGUUGGAAGGGAAGAGACACACCGUGGCUGACAUCACCCAGGCCCAAACCUCUGUUGAGGAGGCCCGCCUGGCAAACAAGCGCCUCCAGGACCAGGGCACGGAAUGGAUGAAGAAAUAUUCUCUUCAACCAGAAGACCCAUCUGUAUGGCCAGAAGAAUUCAAGGCCAAGCUGGAGCGAGGCUUAUUGUGCCCCAUUGACAUUGACGAUGAUGCCGACCGCCUUGCCCCACCAGAGAUCAACGCGGAGUACCUUGACUUCCUUGGCGAACUGAACCGAGGAAAGAAGGCCUAUCCGCCACAGCUCCUGAAUGACAUGCCAGCCCUUGCACAGACCUUCAUGACCCCGGCCACUUCGACCGGGCACAACGACCAAAGCACGGGGAUGAAUGAACUCACGGAAGACGCCAAGAAGGUGGCCAUGCUGACAUGGGCGAUGAAGUACCACAAAGGGGAGCAGCGUAUGCAUGCAGGCUGCUGGCACAAGGUGGAUGAGGUGGACGACCAGAUCGCCCAGGGGAUCAGGCCCCCAAUCAAGGAUGUCGUGGGCCUUUUCUGGGCGGAUGGACCUGAGGGCAAGUGGAAGCAAGAGACCAGGAAAGAAGCCAAGGCCUUCGUCCAACUUCAUGGGCUUGAGAAGCUUCAAAGUAAGGAGGUGACCCCUGAGCAAGCAUGGCCCAUCUACCUGAAGCUGGGCUACAAAGAGCAGGAGCUCCUCAACAUGGGCCUGAAGCCUCCCCCUACGGGUGCCGCUGGCCCCGAGGGGGGCGGUGACACCACGGGUACCACAGAGCUCAUGGAAGACAGGAGGCCCGAACAGGUGCCACUGGCCCUGAGCAAGCCUCCUCAAUACAAAGGGCUCCCCUCCCCGGGGAAGGACCUCAACGGUCCAUACGACAACCAACGUCAUGGCACCACGGCGGCACCACGAAAGAGUGCGAAGCCACUCUCCCCGGUGGACACCACCCCACGACAUGGCACCACGGACCCUGGGGAACACCCCCAGGCGGCACCACGAAGGAUCGAGAGACCACUCACACAGGCCGUUCCUCAGUGCUGCGGCAGUUUGAGGCAAGGCGAACCAGAGCAGGUGACCGUGUCCUCUAUGCAGGAUCCCAGUGUGGUUCAGAACUAUGGCAGCUUAUUGGAGCAGCUGGUGCAGACCAUUCCUGAUGGCCUUGAGGAAGAUUGUCAAAUGUGUGGCACAAAGUACCUCCCUGGUGCUCGUUUUUGCCGAAAAUGUGGCCACAAGCGCGGGGCGGUGGGGGCGGCAGUGCCGGCAGGUUCAGGUGCUGUUCCAGCGUACGCCGCAGGACCUCCAGUCACCAUGAUGGCACCAGCUACCUCAGUACCAGUGACUGCUCCAGCACCAGUGACUACCUACACUCGCGCACCUGUGACUGCUCCAGCAGUGGCACAGGUGGCAGUUCGGCCUCAAGUGCAGCUGGUGGAAAAAAUUGUGGAAGUACCACAGGCGGGCGGGGAUAGCAAAUGA